AUGGACAAACCGUCAUCCGACACCAGUGUCUAUCAACUUCAUGGUCAAUAUUCUCUUCGAGUUAUCUCUAAUUCAAGUCAAUUUUUAACCGUUCAACUUUAUUCGAAUGAGCUUUUAUCAAGAACAGUUUCAUUAAAUGAUAAUCAAUGCUUCGUACUGAGCCAUCGUCUAUGCGAAACAACUUACGAACUUUAUGAAUUGUUAAUCGAUUUACUACAAACUUUAACAUCAAGUAUUCGUGUAACUGUUGAUGAACAUCUCGAAAUAUCGUUUCCAAUACAUUUUGGGAGCCAGAAUCAUACAAAACUAUGGUCCUUCAAGGUUAUAUUUCCUUCUGUCUCGUCGACCAAAACAGAUUUAUUUGAUGAAGCCUCAUUGGAUCCACUCGAUUGGAAUGAAACACGAGCUUUAGGUCAUCAAAUUAUGGAUGAUAUGAUCGACUACUUACGUGAUGUUCGUCUCCGACCAACUUGGAGACCGAUGCCUACAUCAGUGAAAGAAACUAUUGCAAAUAGUCAACUUCCAUUGAAAGGUCAGCCAGCUUCAGAAGUUUACGAUGAGAUUCGCUCAAUUGUUCUUCCAUACGCUUUGGGUAAUAUUCACCCUCAUUAUUGGGGUUACGUUCAUGGAACAGGCUCACCAAUCGGAGCUCUGGCCGAACUUAUUACUGGUACAAUGAAUACAAUGUCGUGGGGUGGUCAUCAAGCGAGCAUCUACUUAGAACGCCAAGUUCUAUCAUGGCUCAAAGUGUUGAUGGGAUUUCCUAAUGACGAGACAAGUUCAGGUGUUCUUUUGAGUGGCACAUCCGUAGGUACUAUCAUUGCUAUGACAGUGGCUAGAAAAAAAUUUCAUGGACGAAAUAUGAUUAUUUACACCUCAAAAGAAGCACACAAUUGUGUUGCACGAGCUGCUAAUAUUCUGGGUAUUACCGCAGAAAAUCUUGUAGUUAUUCCAACUAAUGAACAAAGACAAAUCGACUUGCAAGCUUUGAAAGCAAGGAUUGAUCACAAUUCUGGAAGUUUUAUUGUUGGUUCGGCAGGUACUGUUGGUACCUGUGCUAUUGAUGAUUUACAAGGUUUAGCCGAUCUAUGUGCGAGUCGCCCAAAUGAUCUUUGGUUUCAUGUCGAUGGAGCCAUUGGAGCAGUUCUUCGUUGCUCGAUACGAUUUCGGUCGCUACUCACAGGCUUGGAACGAGCUGAUUCAAUUGCAUUUGAUCUGCAUAAAUGGCUUUUUGUUCCAUAUGAAUGUGGUUGUAUUCUUGUGCGUGAUGGUAAACUACACCGAUCGGCUUUCGCACAACCACAGGCAUCCUAUUUAGCUUUGAUGGAGGGUGGCAUUACGCCUAGUCAAGGUGAAAUAUUUUUUGGUGAUUAUUCUUUGGAACUUUCACGAAACAUGAAAGCAUUGAAAGUAUGGAUGACAUUGAAAACUUAUGGCGUUGAAAAACUAGGUCAAAUUAUGGAACAAAAUGUCGAGCAAGCAAAAUAUUUUGGUAGUCUAAUUCAAAAAAAUGCGAAAGAAUUCGAAUUACUGGCUAACGUAACCCUGAAUAUUGUCUGUUUUCGAUAUAUCGGUUUACCUCAUCUUCAUGAUUCCGAUAGAGAGGACACUUUAAACAAGUUUAACAAGCGUUUAUUGGUAAUGAUACAAGAACAUGGCGUUGCCGUUGUUUCUCCCUAUUCAAUCAAUAAGAAUUCGUUUGCCUUAAGAAUGUGCAUUACAAAUCAUCGUACAAAACUCUUGGAUAUGGACAGAUUUCUAGAGGAGACCAUCAAACUCGCUCAUGAGCUACUUGACACUAAUGACUUCAAGUUAGUUACAGAGACAUGA